AUGAAACUUAUUGCGCAUUCUUUGAACGUGUUUUUCGCGGUUUAUCUGUGUCUCCACUCCAUAAAUCGCUGCCCUAUCGAGCGUCACAGCGAAUCCGUCCUUCACAUAACGGUCUUAACCACGAUACCUGCCUUGCUUCUUACGACCUUGUCCCUCGUUCCUGAUACGCCAUCCCAACUGAAUCUACGACAGGUGUCAUCAAUCGGGGACAAUCUGUGGUAUAUCGUGUUCUACCUUUCGGCCUGUAUCCUCGCGUUCACCGCGCCUCAAGGUCCCCCGCUCCACUACCCGCCAUCUGCUGUCUAUCAACCAAAGGUUGUAGAGUCUAUCACAAAUAAGGAUGAGGAGAAUGUGACGGGACUUGCAGCUUGCUCUCCCUGGGGCUACCUUAUGUUUCCCUGCGCCACCAAGGUCGUUAUGCUCGGGAAUAUUGCGGAGAGCCGUGAAAUAGGUGACCUACCGAUCCUUCCAAACCUGGUCGGCAUCUUCGGUCGAACGGGUAGUGGCAAAAGUACUCUCGCUCUGUCAUUUUUCCGAUUCGUAGAAGCAACCGAGGGCCGCAUAUUGGUUGAUGACAUCGACAUUGCAGAUGUUGGUUUAACGGACCUUCGAAGUGGGCUCGCGAUGAUACCCCAGGAUCCUACGAUUUUGUCAGGAACCUUAAAGUCCACCCUUGAUGUUUUUAGUGAAUAUGACAACGCUGAGAUUUUCGAAGGUUUACGCCGAGUCCAUCCUAUUCCAAGUUCUCGUGAGGAGGAAGAUCAAGAGGUCAACGCAAAAAUUUCCCGCGAUCUAGAUGCCUCAGUAGGGGGUGACAAUUUCUCUACUGGGUACUCUACCUUUCGAUGGAACAAACUCGAUUCACGAAAACAAUUAUUAUGUAUGGCACGGGCUAUCUUGAAGAGAUCUAAAGUACUUGUCAUGGACGAGGCGAGUUCUUUUACGCUACCGCUAGAUGUUGAGGAACUUAUCGCGCGGCUAAGCGUCGGCUAUUCAAUGGAUGAACUGAUCAGCCAGACAAUUCGACAAGGGUUUGCCGACAGCACAAUACUAACUAUCGCACAUCGGCUUCGUACCAUUAUUGAUUAUGACAGGGUAAUGUCUCCGCCUCUUUUCUUGCCUGAGAUCUCGAUUAACGAGUUCUCCAUGGAGAUAAUGCUCUUAGACCAAGGCCGCAUCGUAGAGUUUGAUCGGCCCCAGAAACUUCUUGCACAACCAUCGUCAAGGUUCUACGCGUUGUGCAAGCCACUGCGAAGGACGAGUUUGCCACGCUCAAACAGCUAGUGGGUGUUUAAUGGAUAGCGCACCCGUCAACAAACAGGUUUUUUGUUUCUAUAGAAUCUACUUGGAAUAAGGGAAGAGAGACAGUGGGGGGAUGGAUUGACUGCACCAGCCUCACAACGAGGCUUGAGAUGGAUAUUAGUGUAAGACAUGUUGAAGAGUGAGAAGCGGGGGACUACGUAUACUUCCGAAUAGUUGUGUAACUAUUGGAAUGGCAAUUUGCCCUGA